CGACAAUUAGGAGGAAUAACAAACACACCUUCUGUGACAUGAUUCAAGAAGAAAUGAAAUUCAAGUAUGGGCUUAGAGUUAUCUCCCCUUAGAGGGAAGGUCAGCCAUGCAACGAGCUUCGAGGAAAGGUUAACAAUGUUGAAGCAAUUGAAAGCCUUUGCCAAAAAUUACACGGUGCUGCUUGUUAUGAUCCCUUCAGUAAUUGCCGUACAUGUUGGUUGGUACUAUAUGCAAUUUAAUCCUGAUUUAGUUGAGCCUGAAAGACAAGAGAUUGGGAUUUUGGGAAAAUUAAUCAAGAAAACCCCAAAAGAAUAAAUAAGAAACUCCAAAUUACCCAAAGAUUUGCCAAACAUGUCUCUAAGAACAGUUUUCCAGUCGGCUGCUAAUUGGGCCCAUAGCAACAAGUUUGUUUCCUUGAUAGUCAUCACAUCUGUUAUGUACUUAGCAACAUAUCCAUUGAAAACUCCAAAAAUCGCUACUUCUGAAGAGAGAAUUGCUAAAUCAUCACCAAAAUAACAGAGUAUAUAAUUGAAUAAUGCAGGAAGUUACUGAAACUAAACUCCUACGUGGCAAACUCACAGACAAGGAAACAGUGCACCAACUCAAUUCACUUAGGCAUUUAUUUUCCACCACAGUUGGCCCUUAUGGAGGCAUUAAGCUACUGCGUAAUAACUGCGGGGGUCAUGUCACACUGACAAGUUCAUCAUCCAGGUUGCUGGCUGCUCUGCGACCUACAAAUCCUUUAGCACGACUCAUAAUUGAAGCCUGUUCAAAGCAUUCACAUACCUACGGGGAUGGGGCUCUCUUCAUGGCUCAUUUUAUCCUAAUUCUGAUAGACAAAGCUUUGAAACUUGAUUUAGAUCAUAGGUUGAUUACCAAAGUAAAUUCUUUUCUUCUUGAAUUAUUUCUUAGUCAUUUAAAAUCAGAUGAUUUCUCCUGUAAAAUGGCUGUAGAAAUAUCUGAUGUUAAUUCUUUGUGUCAGGUGGCCAGUACGAUGUUGUCAUCAAAACCAUUGUACCAGCUAGACGAGCAGCUGCUAAAGUUGAUGAGUUCUGUACUCUUAGAAACCUUCAUUAGAAGCCUUCCUUCUGAAAGACAGGACAGUUCCUUAAGACCCAUCUUAGACAAUAUACAUAUCAUUGGCAUUCCUGGUGAAGAAACACAUAAUUCUUUCUGUUGUGAAGGAUUAUUGCUUGAGGCUACAAACAUCAAAGAAGUGCUGUCAUGGCAAACACAGAGAGAAUCUCUGGAGAAUAUUUGUACAGUUGUAGUAAAUGUAUCUAUGGCAGGAGAUUCUAUAGAGCUACCUCAGUUGACUUAUGCCAGUACCAGCCUUAAAGAACUUGAGCAAAGCUUUCUUUCUCAUUUGGAGUCAUUCUGUUCUGGACUCAUAUCAAAAGGCAUUAGAAUUUUAUUCUGCCAGAAAGUGGUUCACCCUUGUCUAAAAGACCAACUGAGAAGAAACGGUGUAUUGGUUUUUGAUCGUCUUGGUGCUUUGCUGUGCUCCAAAGUUAUCAAUUUAACAGAUUCCGUUCCAAUUAGUUCAUUUUCAUCAGCUUGCUCUCCAGAUCAAUUAGGGAAAAUCAGUAAAUUCUCGGUCAUGGAUGUUUUCGGAAAGCAGUGGCUUCAUCUGAAUCAGAUAUCCAGCAGUUUAACUACCCUUGUAGUUUGUAGUCAAAUGGAAGAACAGCUUGAAGAAUUAAAGGUGAAUUGCAACAAUGUGAUGUUAGCAUUCCAGCACCUUCUCAGGACACCGGCUGUACUGCACGGUGGGGGCUGCUGGCAGUUCACUUUGGCUAACAAGCUUAGAGUUGAGGUUUCUGAAAAUUUAGAAAGCUUCUCCAGUAAACUGGAUUGUUCCGAGUCCCAGUUAUUGCAGCUGUGUGAUUAUCUAUGCACAAGUUUGGAACAAGCUGUUUCCCCAUCUUCUCAGCAGGGCAAGAAAUGUUUCACCCAUCCUUCAGCUGGUCAUCUUUGGAUACAGGAUGACCAUGAAGUUAACGCAGAAAAAACUUGUUCAUGUGGUGUGCUUUGUUGUAGUUUGUCAGAUUUGAAACUUCAACCUUUAGAACAUUCUCCUUCAUUUGACAGAUUUUCUAAGAAAGAGCUUUAUGGCUCUUAUAAACCUCUUGAUACAAUAUCCAGUUCUGAACCUCCUAAGAAACCUCUUCUAAUGGACUGCUUUAUUCCAUGGCAAACUGCUGUAGAAAUAUCGGUACUUCUAGCCAAUAUGGCUCUUAGUACCAAUCAGUUUAUCUUUGACACCAACUGUAAACCAUCAACAUAGUAUUUCAUUUCAGUGGUGUACUUGCAAGGCAGGUGAUUUAAUCUGAAGCCAUGUGUCGAGACUAAAACAAUUACAGCAUGGAAGGCACAUAUUUAGCUAUCGAAAACCAUACAAAAACUGUUAGUUUCAUUUAAACAUUCAUCGUUUAA